CAAUCAAAACGAUCUUUUCAUAUGCAGCAACAAUCAAAUAAUAACAGGACUGGCGAUUGGCUGAUAAUAUGGAAGGAUGGACGAGCCCAAACUGUUCAUUUUAGCUUCAACCUAAUCUCUCUCAUUUCACCUGAUGCCAUUAAUUGUCUGACUUCACUUCACCAAGCCUGUCCAGGAUUUACCAACAUGUCCAGAAUUUUGAUAAAAAGAUCGGUCACAACAAGAGCGUCCUUGUUGCUGCUGGGAAGCCUCAUGGUUGUUUACCUCCUGAAAGACAUUAAAGUAGUGAGAAAAGAUGACAACCCAGAUCUGAAAAUUAGACAACCCACCAAAAACAACUCCUAUGUAUACUCCUGGCCAAGAUGUCAACAAAAUAUGUCUGCUGCCAAGAUAACCGACUUCAGCUCUUUUCCUGAUUUUAUGAAGGACUUUCUCUACUACCGACACUGUCGUCAUUUCCCCAUGUUACUGGACCUUCCUGAUAAAUGUGGAGGAGCUGAUAAAUCAGCAGAAGUCUUUCUUCUGCUGGUCAUUAAAAGCUCCCCUCAUAACUACGACCGCCGAGCGAUACUGCGCAAAACCUGGGCUGAAGAGAGGUUACAGAAUGGUGUGUGGAUCCGCCGGGUCUUCCUCUCAGGAACAACAGAUUCUGGCUUUGAGAAAGAGAGACUGAACAAACUGCUGGAGCUGGAGCAACGUGAGUACAGUGACAUCCUUCAGUGGGACUUUACUGACACGUUCCAAAACCUCACCUUGAAGCAAAUACUCUUCCUGGAAUGGAUGGAAAGAAACUGUCCAAACGUUCGCUUCCUGCUCAACGGUGAUGAUGACGUCUUUGCCAACACAGACCACAUGGUGGAGUACCUCCAAAGUCUCAAGGAUAAUGAUGGAAGCAAGCACCUCUUUACUGGCCACCUCAACAUAAAUAUGGGGCUCGUUAGAGAACCAAACAAGUAUUUUGUCCCAGUUCAGAUAUAUGAGUCAAACAUAUUUCCUCCCUACUGUAGUGGUGGGGGCUUCCUCUUGUCUGGUUAUACAGCUCUGGUCAUAUACAAUAUGUCCCAGUCCAUUGACCUUCUUCCCAUUGAUGAUGCUUACAUGGGAAUGUGUCUGGCCAAAGCAGGACUUGAUCCCACUUCCCAUAUUGCAGUGAAACCAUUUGGAUUAAACAUUCCCUCCAGACUAGAUGGGUAUGACCCUUGCUUUUAUAAAGAGGUUUUAUUGGUACAUGGAUUCUUUUCAGUUCGCAUGUAUUUUAUGUGGCACAGAAUACAUGAUCCUAAUCUGAAAUGUGACGUAAAGAAAAUGAUUUCAACUUGAAACUGCAUGAGGCCAAAUAUACUUCAUACUACUACUACUUCAAAUAUGCUGGCCUUGUGUGACAUAAUAACUUCUUUUCAAACAAUGACAAACUCCCAAUAAGACUUUAUACACUACACCUCCCAAAGAUUCACCUGUAACAAUAAGUAAACUGUUUCUUUUACUAUCUACUUAGGCUGCAAAAUGAAACAUUUUAUCACAGAGGUUAAAGGAGUCUGGCAACAUUCAUUUUUUGUUAUUGACCCUCACAGUAGUUACAUGAUAGUUCACAGCUAUGCAAAUUUAAAUAGGUAGAAAAAUUAAAGGUACACAAAAAAAGUAUGACACAUGUCGUGGAAGUUGAAGAAAAUGGAUUGAUGAGACCAAAUAUGUUUUUUUUAAUAUAUGUAAAAUUAGAAUUUUAUUGACAUUUUCAGCCAGGCACACAAGCUAAAUGUGCUUUUGAUAUUUAAUAAAGUGUAACAAGCCAGUGCCUCUGUAGAUUGUGUGUUUGUCACUGCUUUUGUAAGAUUUUGCAAGCUGUUGAGUUCAAUGACACAGAUCUCCCUCUGUUGAAGUGCAGAGAACCUCCACAAAAACACACUGGGAGUUCCCAUUAGUCACCGUGGCCCUCAUCUCUGGAACAGUCUGCCUGUGGAUCUGAGGAGAGCACCUCUGUUAAAUAUCUAUUUAAAAAAAAAACUUCAAGAUAGUUUUUUAGUCUGGCUUUUAUUGAAGCCAACCCUUAAGUCUCUCUCGUGACUGAAUUUCUCCAUGAUUUCUAUGCAAUUGUUCUUAAACUUCUUUAUUUAUUAAACAGAGCCUGUCUUUAUUUACACCCUGUCGUGUUCACCCUGUAAAUAAGCAUCACCCACACUACUGGUAAAAUACGAUAGUGUAAUAAAAACAGUAAUUAGAACAUACAGUGAACAGGUCGCUAAGCAUAUUAUUUACACAUGUGGCACAGCUUCGUUAUCACAUGGC